AUGAGUGAUGACGCACUUUUCGAUGUCUUCGAUCAAGAAGAACCAACACCGGUGGUAGAUAUACCAAAGAAUGUUCCAGUCAUUGAACAACCGACGAAAAUCAAGGAGAGUGAUGAGAAUGGCGAAUCGAUGUCGACGGAUAAACGUACAUGGGAAGAAGAAGAAGAUCCGUCGGAUUUGAAUUCGAAACGUACUCGAACUGAAGUGUCCAACGAAGCAAAUGCUGGAAAGUUUUUUGAAAAUGUUCCACGUAUGCAAAUUCAUACUGUUGAAACUAUUGAAUCGUGUUUACACGAGGUCGUUUUACCACCAAAUUUCGAAUAUGUCCCAUUGAAACCGGCCGUGGGCCCACCGGCCAAAGAGUAUCGAUUCAAUCUAGAUCCAUUUCAACGUGAAGCAAUCACUUGUUUACAGAACAAUCAAUCGGUUCUUGUUUCUGCUCAUACGUCCGCAGGAAAAACAGUCGUAGCCGAAUAUGCAGUUGCCAUGGCUUUGCGUGACAAGCAACGUGUUAUUUAUACCACACCGAUUAAAGCUUUGAGCAACCAGAAAUAUCGUGAAUUACAUGAAGAAUUCAAAGAUGUGGGUUUAAUGACGGGAGAUGUCACACUCAAUCCAUCGGCAUCAUGUCUAAUUAUGACAACAGAGAUUCUUCGAUCGAUGCUUUAUCGUGGUUCGGAGAUUACGCGUGAAGUUGCGUGGGUUAUAUUCGAUGAAAUUCAUUAUCUUCGUGACAAAGAACGUGGUGUUAUAUGGGAAGAAACAAUUAUCCUAUUACCGGAUAACGUUCAUUAUGUGUUCCUAUCAGCUACAAUACCCAAUGCGAAACAAUUUGCUGAGUGGAUCUCGUUUCUUCAUAAUCAGCCGUGCCAUGUCGUUUAUACUGAUGUUCGACCUGUUCCUCUUCAUCACUACAUAUAUCCAGCAGGUGCUGAUGGUCUUCAUUUAGUUGUCGAUGAAACGGGAAAAUUUCGUGAAGAUAAUUUCAGUUCUGCUAUGGCAACACUACGCGAUGUUGGUGAUGCUGCGAAAGGCGAUAAACGAGGACGACGCGGCGGUUUCAAAGCCGAAACGAAUGUCUUCAAAAUUGUGAAAAUGAUCAUGGAACGUAACCUUGCUCCGGUGAUCGUGUUUAGUUUCAGUAAAAAAGAUUGUGAAACUUAUGCAUGUGCAACAGCAAAACUCGAUUUCAACUCCGAAGAAGAAAAACGUCUAGUAGAAGAAGUUUUUAACAAUGCCAUCGAUCUUCUAUCGGAUGAAGACAAAAAACUACCCCAAAUCAAUACAGUUCUACCUCUACUCAGAAAAGGUGUAGGAAUUCAUCAUUCAGGUUUGCUGCCAAUUAUCAAAGAAACGAUUGAGAUUCUCUUCGGCGAAGGGCUAAUCAAAGCUUUAUUUGCCACGGAAACAUUCAGUAUGGGAUUAAACAUGCCCGCUCGUACUGUAUUGUUUACAACACCAAGAAAAUUCGAUGGAAAGGAAUUGCGUUGGAUCACAUCGGGUGAAUAUAUACAAAUGAGUGGACGAGCUGGACGUCGUGGAAAGGAUGAACGUGGAAUUGUUGUUCUGAUCAUCGAUGAACGAAUGAGUCCUACAACUGCCAAAGAAAUUGUUAAGGGAAAAGCUGAUCCAUUGAAUAGUGCAUUCAAAUUGACGUAUAAUAUGGUGUUGAAUUUACUGCGUGUCGAAGGUAUCAAUCCAGAAUUUAUGUUAGAACGAUCAUUUUAUCAAUUUCAACAUUUUUCGUCGAUACCUGCACUCUACGACAAAUUAAAAACUUGUGAACAACAGUAUGAAGCAAUAAAAAUCGACAACGAAGAAGAAGUAGCUCGAUAUUAUAAAUUAAAGAAAAAACUUGAGCUUGUCCAAGAUCAAAUGUCUGUAAUGAUGAACGAACCAAAAUACUUAUUACCAUUUCUUCAACCCGGUCGACUUGUGACAGUAAAAUGCAACGAUCUGAAUUUUGAUUGGUGUGUUGUUCUCAAUUUUCAACGUAAACCUGGCGAGAAGCCGAUCUACAUCGUCGAUGUACUCGCAUAUCUAACGUUAGAAAGCGCGUUACAAAAACUAACAGCUGAAAUUCAGCCAUGUUCCUAUGUUGAAAGAGGUGAAAUGAAAGCGAUUCCAAUUCAACAUACAUUAAUUCGCGAUAUUAGUGCUGUACGAGUCUAUUUACCGGACGAUUUACGUCCGAAAGAAGCUCGGCAAGGUGUAUUGAAAUAUAUUCAAGACCUCAAACGUCAAUAUCCAGGUGGUUUGCCCCUACUUGAUCCAGUCAAAGACAUGGGUAUCAAAUCGUCGGAGAUGAUUUCAUGCGUGAAACAAUAUGUCGUGUUACAAACACGCAUCAACGAACAUCCAUUAACGAAUAACUUUCAAUUAAAGUAUAUUUACGAACAAUAUGAACGUAAAGCAAAUAUUGAAAGUCAAGUGAACGAAGCCAAGAAUGAAUUGAAAAAGGCACAAUCAUUGUUACAAAUCGGUGAUUUGAAACGUUAUAAACGUGUCCUUCGUCGAUUGGGUUAUUGCAAUUCAGCUGACGUCAUCGAUCUCAAAGGUCGGGUUGCUUGUGAAAUCGAUACUGGAGAUGAACUUGUCACAACAGAACUGUUAUUCAACGGUGUUUUUAAUGACUUAACUGUUAGUCAAGCGUGUGCGCUAUUGAGUUGCUUUGUUUUUCAAGAAAAAGCGAACGAAAUGCCAAAACUACCACCAGAACUAUCAGGACCUUUGCGCACUCUUCAAGAAACAGCUCGUCGAGUAGCACGUGUUUCAAUCGAAAGUAAAAUUGACAUGGUUGAAGAACGUUAUGUUGAUGGAUUCAAACCAUUCAUGAUGGAAGUUAUUAAAGCAUGGGUUGAUGGACAAAGUUUUGCUAACAUUUGUAAAAUGACCACUAUCUUCGAAGGUAAAUCUAUCUCUAAAGANUUCACUAGAUUAGUUGGCUUCCCCGUUCUAUUUGAAAAGGCGAAAUGA